AUGAUGCCUUUGAGACCAUCGAAAAGCGCCAUGCGCUCCUUCCAUUACCAGCGGUAUAUCGCCGCUGGAAGAAGGCCCUUCACUUCCUCGUCCGUCGCCGCUGUCGCGCCCCACCGCUUUUCUGCUCAGAAACGUAGCCAGAGCACCGCAACAGCUGCUGCUUCGAAUACAAGACCUGUUCCUAGUCCCUCCUUCAACCAGGAGCCUCCACGAAAUGAGGUCUCGCCAUUGCAGAACCGCCAGCUCCCCGAUCUGGAUGACUCGUUCGUGGGUCUCAGCGGUGGAGAGAUCUUCCAUGAGAUGAUGCUCAGAUUGGAUGUCAAGCACAUCUUCGGCUACCCUGGUGGUGCCAUUCUUCCCGUCUUCGAUGCCAUCUACAACUCCAAGCAUUUCGAUUUCGUUCUCCCUCGCCAUGAACAGGGUGCCGGACAUAUGGCUGAAGGCUAUGCCCGUGCUUCUGGAAAGCCUGGCGUGGUCCUCGUUACCUCCGGCCCUGGUGCCACCAAUGUUAUCACCCCCAUGCAGGAUGCUCUUUCCGACGGUACCCCAAUGGUUGUGUUCUGCGGCCAGGUUCCCACCAGUCUGAUCGGUACCGAUUCCUUCCAAGAAGCCGAUGUCAUUGGUAUCUCGAGAGCUUGCACCAAGUGGAACGUCAUGGUCAAGUCCGUGGCCGAACUUCCCCGCCGGAUCCAGGAGGCCUUCGAGAUCGCCACGAGCGGCCGUCCCGGACCUGUUCUGGUCGACCUUCCCAAGGAUAUCACUGCCGGUAUCCUUCGUAAGCCUAUCCCCAUGAACAGCACCAUCCCCUCCCUUCCUAGCGCUGCUUCCGUGGCGGCCCGUGAGCUCGGCAUGAAGCAUCUGGAAACCGCCAUUGAUCGUGUUGCUCGCCUGGUCAACGUCGCCAAGAAGCCCGUUCUCUACGUAGGCCAGGGUCUCCUUGCUCGUCCCGAGGGUCCCCAGGUGCUCAAGGAACUGGCCGAGAAGGCCUGCAUUCCGGUCACCACCACCCUGCAGGGUCUGGGUGGAUUUGAUGAGCUUGAUCCCAAGGCCCUUCACAUGCUGGGGAUGCACGGGUCUGCUUACGCCAACAUGGCUAUGCAGGAAGCCGAUCUGAUCAUCGCCAUCGGCGCCCGCUUCGAUGAUCGCGUGACCGGCAAUAUCUCCAAGUUCGCUCCCCAGGCCAAGCUGGCCGCAUCCGAGAACCGUGGCGGUAUCGUCCACUUCGAGAUCAUGCCCAAGAACAUCAACAAGGUGGUCCAGGCCAACGAGGCGGUGGAAGGCGACUGUGCUGACAACAUCCGCCUCCUGCUUCCCCGUGUCAACGCUGUCGCCGAGAGACCCGAAUGGUUCGCCCAGAUCAAUGACUGGAAGAGGCGCUUCCCCUUUUCUCUCUAUGAGAGACAGACUUCCGAGGGCCCUAUCAAGCCCCAGGCUCUGAUUGAGAAGCUGAGCGAGCUGACUGCCCCCAUCAAGGACCGCACCAUCAUCACAACCGGUGUUGGUCAGCAUCAGAUGUGGGCGGCUCAGCACUUCCGCUGGCGCCAUCCCCGUACCAUGAUCACCUCUGGUGGUCUCGGUACCAUGGGAUUCGGUCUCCCCGCUGCCAUCGGUGCUAAGGUCGCGCGCCCAGACUGCCUGGUCAUCGAUAUCGAUGGUGAUGCUUCGUUCAACAUGACUCUGACCGAACUCACCACUGCUGCUCAGUUCAACAUUGGUGUCAAGGUCCUCCUGCUCAACAACGAGGAGCAGGGUAUGGUCACCCAAUGGCAGAACCUGUUCUACGAGGACCGCUACUCCCACACUCACCAGCAGAACCCUGACUUCGUGCCCAUGGCGCAGUCGAUGGGUGUUGCCGCUGACCGCUGCAGCAAGCCUUCCGAAAUGGAGGAGAAGCUAAAGUGGCUUAUCGAGAGCGAAGGUCCGGCUCUCCUUGAGGUCUUCACUGACCGCAAGGUGCCUGUCCUUCCCAUGGUUCCCGCCGGUAGUGCUCUGCACGAGUUCCUGGUCUAUGAUGAAGCCAAGGAGAAGGAGAGGAAGGCUCUUCUGCGCAGAAGAGCCUCUCCCAAGUACUUCCACAGCUGA